GCAGUUCAGUUUAGUCUUGAUUUGUGCAUUCAGUCGUUUGGUUGUUAUUGUCUUUCGUGUUAAAUGUUUUUUUUGACUUUAUUUUAUUUUUGUUCGUAAAUAAACUAUAAACAUGCGAAACUAUAAAAUCAACAAAUUUUUUACUGGCAUAGGAAGUUGGCGUCUAAUGGAAAUGCGAAAAUUGCAAGAACGAAGUUUUUCGUUUGGCGCUCUUCGCUUGCAACAGGUAGUUUCAGCCAAUAUGGAAGACACCGUUAGAACUGACGAGGAAUGGAUGAAUGCCAAGGAUUUCAAUACAAUGCCUGGACCAACACGUAUUCAAUUACUAAUGGAUUACUUUCCCGGAGGCAAGCUUCAUAACGCGAAUUUGAUUGACAUGCACACAAUCUUGCACAGCACAUAUGGCGAUAUAUUUCGAAUUAAAGGAAUGCUCGGUAAGCCGGACUAUGUGUUCACUUAUAAUGCAAACGACGUUGAACAUGUGUAUCGAAAUGAGGGCGUAUGGCCUAUAAGGUUGGGUUUGGACAGUUUUACAUAUUAUCGGAAGGUUAAAAGACCUGACAUUUUUCAAGGAAUUGGAGGUCUGGUAUCUGAACAAGGUAAGAUGUGGGCCGACAUACGUAACAAAGUAAACCCAAUAUUAAUGAAAGUACAAAAUGUACGCCAGAAUUUACCACAAAUUGAUGAAAUCGCCAACGAAUUUUUAAUAAAAUUAGAAGCAUUGCGUGAUCCCGAAACCAAUAUGUUGAGCAAUAAUUUUCAUGAUGAACUUAAAAUGUGGGCCUUCGAGUCUAUAAGUCUCAUAGCACUGAAUACGCGUAUGGGUCUCCUGAGUGAGAGUCCGGAUGUAAACGCACAUAAGCUUGCGAAGAAUAUGUCGGAUAUGUUUCAAUAUUCCUACGAGUACGACGUGACACCUUCAUUUUGGAAAUAUGUGGAGACACCUGGUUUUAAGCGCUUAAUACGCACCUAUGAAAACAUAACUGAAAUAACCAUAAGUUACAUAGAAGCAGCUAUGAAAAGGUUUGAAGCAGAAGGAAAUAAAGAGGCCAUAAGUGUUUUGGAAAAAUUGUGUAGAUUGGAUAAAAAAAUAGCUAUUGUUAUGGUAAUGGAUAUGCUAAUGGCAGGAAUUGAUACGACCUCAUCGGCUUUUGUUACCACGCUUUACCUGUUAUCCAAAAACCAAUCGAAACAGGAUUGUUUGCGGGAGGAGUUAUACAAAAUCUUACCGCAACCGCAUAUGCCGCUAACUGAAGCGAACACUAAGCAAAUGCCGUACUUGCGGGCUUGCAUCAAGGAAUCAUUACGUAUUACUCCAAUCACGCCGGGGAACCUUCGAAUGGCUGCUAAAAAUUUAGUGCUUUCAGGUUACAGGGUACCAAAAGGUACUGGAGUGCUAAUGGGUAUAAUGGCCUUGUCCAAUUCAGAAGAAUAUUAUUCGAGAAGUGCUGAGUUCUUACCGGAACGUUGGCUGAAGUCGGGAGAAAAUGCUUGUCCAAUGGCAAAGUCAACCAAUGCUUUUACCUAUUUACCCUUUGGAUUUGGACCACGUACAUGUAUUGGAAAACGCAUUGCUGAAAUGGAAAUCGAAACUUUACUCGCGAGAUUAAUACGAAAUUAUAGAAUCACAUGGAACAGUAAGCAGGAUUUGAAAUAUAUAAGCAACAUUGUUCUGCUUCCACAUGGGAAUUUGGACUUCAAGUUUGAACAAAUUUAAAAAAUAAUUGCUUAAUUUAUAUAUAUAUAAUAUCAAUUUUUAUUUCUA